AUGAUACCCGAUAAGAUCUACAUAGCCGCCUCGUCGCGCAAUGCUCAGAGCAUGGCUGGACAGCCAGAAUGCAAUGCUGAUCUCGAGCAGCGCAGGUCGAUCUCUGCAAGGGAGAUGCAAUUAUCGCUAGCUCUCGCUGGCAAUCUCGGAAGGGGUAAUCCUCCGAUCCGCGCGGGCCUUAUCGACUGGCCGUGCGCGACGCCCCUUUUUGUGGCUACAGAAGACUCGGGCAGGCUUCCCAGUUACGGAAACUUCUUUUGCGGGCUCUCACCCACCGUCGAGCAGAGUGCGGAUUCCGGAGUGCCUGGCUGGUAUCCCGCCCUCAUGUCGACUGCGUCCACCAUGUCGAGUGUCACCUCGCAAGGCCGUGGCCAUCGCCGCGGCCACAACCGUUCUGGCGGCUGGACUCAGAUUCCCCAGAUCCCCAGUGUCGUCGCGACGUCAGCGCCGGGUGAACAAGAGUCGCAGCAGGAACCGUCACAGCCUGAUCAUCCCUCCGAGCAGACCAAUGGCCAGGUGCCGGGCUGGACGUUGCCCACCGCUGCGAGCGCUGCCCAUCACCACCGUACCCCUUCCCACAGCCAUAGUCACUCUCACACGUCUUUAUCCGAUGGUCAUCUGCCAGGUGACGCUUCUGCGACCACUACGAAGGCGGAUGAGGCUGCAGAUGGUUUUCUGGGAAGCUCAGGACCCUCGACCAGUUUUGUGACUCCGUUUCAAACGUCUGGGAGCGAUGUGCCGUUGAGUUAUGAAAUUGUAACUGGGACGCUCACAGUAUUGCCAUGGGUGGCCCUGUCGUGGUACACGAGGCUGUACACAGAGCCCACCUCGCACAAGCUAUAUCGGAUGCUCAAGGCCGCAGCGGCAAGAGCCUCUUGGUUCCGAACGUAUUCAACCGAAACUAAGGUGGAUGCAGUCUGGUGGAGAACGAUGGUCAUGGUCUCGGCUACGAUGCUGUUAAUAGGUUCUUGGUCCUUGCUGCGACGCAGACGAGCAGGCCAGGCUCUACCGGAUAUGUCCAGUCUGGACCUUAGUUGGGCGGCUGGACAAACAGCUCUGACAAGAAUUGUCUCACUGGGACUGCCAAUCUAUGCCGCGAUGAUCAUCGGGGCUCCAAUGGUGGCUCUUGCGUUUACUUUGACCUUUGCCGUCGGCUUGCCAACGAUAUUUGACCGCAGCGGGAAAAUGGGAGCUGCGCGGGAACGCCUCGGGCAUAAAAAGGCCUCACUGCUUGUGCUGUCGACGUUCAUAGUACUGAAUGUCCUGGGAUAUGACACACCGGUAGAUACCAAGCCGCUUAGAGGGUACAUAGCUUUGUUUGCCUCAAUUUUCCUUCUCCGGCCUCCUUUUUCUAGUGCUCGAGACGCUGUUCCAGUUGCCUCCCAACCGAAGAUCGACUCACUUGCCAAAGUCGCUAAUGGCGCAGCCUUUCUCGUUAACCAGCAGACCUCUGCCGUGUCAACCUGCCCUCUAGUUGCAUCCGUCGAGGAUAUCCAGCUGACGUUGGUUUCGGGGGCAUUGCUGGCCGCCCUGACCGUGCUGCUCUCCCCUUUCAGUGGUGCGCUCUACGCAUUUGAAGCCACUGACUUUAUCUCGACUUUGAUCACGGCGGCCUGUUUUACGGUAUCGCUGAUGUUGUCAUCUCCGUCAAGCCUGCACACUCGCCAGAAGUUGGGUCAUGUCGCCGCAUCCGUCUUGGUCAUUGCCUUCAGCGCCCUACCGCACUUCGAGAGCAGUCGCGUGCUUUGCCUGACCUGGAUCGCUGUAGCUGUGCUUUCGUAUUUUGCGGCAACUUUCGAUGAUGCCAAACGUGGCCAUGCGUCCCACGGUCACUCAGAGGCCGAGCUCUCGGCCGUGACCAAGUUUUUGCUCCGACACGGAGAGUCUUACCCACUAAUCCACAGCAUUUUGAAAGAAGAUGAUUCCCGUAGAAUCUUCUACUUCAUGAGUCUCAAUUUUGCAUUUAUGCUCGUGCAGCUUUGCUACGGCUAUAUUACAGGAUCUCUUGGCCUUCUCAGCGAUAGUAUUCACAUGUUUUUUGACUGCCUCGCCCUUGUUGUUGGGCUCUGUGCCGCUGUAAUGAGCAAGUGGCCCCCUAGUACCAGAUUUCCCUACGGGUAUGGCAAGGUGGACACGCUUUCGGGCUUCGCCAACGGCGUCUUCCUCAUGAUUAUCAGCGUGGAGAUUGUCUAUGAAGCCGUUGAGAGACUGCUCUCUGGUAGCGAGAUGCAUCGCAUCCAGGAACUCUUGGUCGUCAGCAUUGCAGGUCUCGCUGUCAAUCUUGUGGGCAUCGUGGCGUUUGAUCACGGGCACCAUGGCCAUUCGCAUGGCGGACAUGGGCACGGCCACGAUCAUGGUCAUGGCCAUGGUCACUCUCAUGGUAAUGAAAACAUGCACGGGAUUUUCUUGCACAUUCUCGCGGACACUCUGGGCUCGGUUGCUGUCGUGAUCUCGACAAUCCUCGUUCAUUACUAUGGUUGGGCUGGCUUUGAUCCUAUCGCGUCGUGUGUCAUUGCUAUUCUGAUCUUUGCGUCGGCUGUUCCUCUGGUCAGCAGCACCGCGAAAACCUUGCUUCUAACUCUGCCGGCCGACGUGGAAUACAACCUCCGCGACACCCUGGCAGGGGUCAGUACCCUGAGGGGUGUUGUUGGAUAUACGGUUCCGAAAUUUUGGCUAGACGACACUGCAGUCGGAACCUCAACAGGACAUGAUCAUGGCCAUGACCACGGGCCUUCCCACGGUCACUCCAACAGCCACGACCUUUGCCAACAUCGACAUCUCGAUCAUCAUGAUCACCAUCAUCACCUCCAUGAUCAUCAUGAUCAUGACCACGACCACAAAUCAAACAGUCAGCGCGUUCUUGGCGUGAUUCACGUCAUUGCGUCUCGAGGUGCGGAUCUAGAAGACGUCCGACGGCGAACGGUCGACUUCCUUCGCGAGAAGAACAUGGAUAUUGUUGUUCAAGUGGAGCGAGAAGGCGAAGGUCGCUGUUGGUGCGGAUCCGGGACCAAGAGUUCUUAG